UUUGCUGUUUCUAACAGCAGGGAAGCCAGGAGUCUAUCACAACCCACCAGACAGGAACUCUGAAUCGGCACCAUCUGCCAGGCUGCUCCUAGGAAGAUCGCCUGCGAUGGAGGGUGGCACUCUCUUUUCUCACCCCUUCUGGUUCAUCUGUUCCUUGGCCCUCUUGGGGAUGCUCUGGGCGAGGAGAAGGUGUGGCUGGAGACCCGAAGCUUGUCCUGUGGACCUGAGUGGCAAAACAGCCCUUGUCACUGGAGCCAGCAGUGGGAUUGGCAAGGCCGUGGCUCUCGACCUGGCACGUAGGAACGCGCGCAUGAUCCUGGCCUGCCGCAGCCCAGAGAAAGGCCAGGCCGCGGUGGAGGAGAUCUGCAGAGCCACAGGGAACCCACAGGUGCAGCUCCGUCUGCUGGACAUCAGCUCCAUGGCAUCUGUCCACAACUUUGCCAGGCAGUUCCUGGAGGAGGAGGGGCAGCUGCACAUCCUGGUGAACAACGUGGGGGUCACAGGCUUGCCAUUUACAGUCACUGCAGAGGGCCUGGAGCUCACCUUUGCCACCAACGUCUCUGGUGCCUUCCUUCUCACCAACCUCCUGCUUGGUGCCAUGAUUGCCUCUGCUCCAGCACGCAUCGUGAACGUCUCCUCUUUCCGGCACUACUAUGCCAGAGCAGUGAAUGUCCAGUUCCUGACAGGGGAGGAACAGCCCAGGAAUUCCAGCCAGGCCUACGACUGCACUAAGCUCAUGAACGUCAUCUUCACCAUGGAGCUGGCCCGGAGGCUGCAAGGCACAGGGGUGUCUGCCAACGUGCUUAGCCCGGGCAUUGUCAAGACGGAGAUCAUGCGCCACUUCGGCUGGGGAACUCGCCUGCUCUACAGCCUGUGCGGCAUCUUCCUGAAGAGUGCCCAGGAGGGAGCCAUCAGCACCCUCUACUGCGCAGUUGCCAAAGAAGUGGACGGAAUUUCCGGCAAGUAUUUUGACAGCAAUUGCACACUGAGGCUGCCUCAAGCCCUUGCACAAGAACCAAGCAUGGGCCACAGACUUUGGGAUGCCCUGGAGAAGGCGACAGGCCUCAGAAAGGACAUAAGGAAGCCAGCGUGCAGGCAGCGCGUGACCCCAGGCCACCUGCAAAGUGGAAACAAGGCUCUGUCCUUUCUGGCAAGGGAGAGGGGGACAGUUGCCCUCCAGCAACACUGACCCCUGACUCGCUUUCUAAGACUGCUCCCUGCAGAGGUUUGGAGAGGAAGCACAGGCCUUGCCGAGCCCUGUAACUGCAAACUACCAUCAGGAAAGCAAAAUUCACCCUGUAUUUUCUUUAAGGCCGAGAACUAGAUGGGAGCCCUCCAGCCCUCUAUUCGAGAGUUUCUUGCAACAGGGUCUGUUUGGAGGCUCUGAAUCUCUUUGCCCCAGGCUGUUUGUAUGACGUAUUGAGAAUAUGUUUCUUGGUAAGUCUGUCAGAACCUCUCCCAUCUCCUACAGGUAGCCUUGCUUAACUAUCAUAAUUGCUUAACUAUCAUAAUUUCGGUUUCUAAGCGAAGUGGUCAUUAAGUGAAUCUGACCCGAUUUUAUGAUCUUUUUUGCAGUGGUAGUUAAGCAAACCAUGUGGUCAGUAAGCGAAUCACGUGGUUCCCCAUUGAUUUUGCUUGCCAGAAGCUGGCCAGGAAGGUUGAAAAUGGCAAUAAUGUGACCAUGAGAUGCUGCGAUGGUCACAAAUGUGAACUAGCUGCCAAGCACCCAAAUUGUGAUCAUGUGACCGGGGGGAAAACACACUGUGAUGGUUGUAAGCGUGAGGACUAGUCACAAGCCGGUUUUUACAAUACUGUCAUAAGUCCGAAUAGUCACCAAAUGAAUAGUUGUUAAGCGAGGACUACCUGUAAUUGUUUUUAUCUAGAGAUGAUGCUCCUCUCUCAGCUUCAGCA